AUGUCAGAUUCAGAAAAUACCAGGCGACUUGUCCUGGCAAUUAUAGACUUUUUACAGAAUCAAUUGACCACUCGAAAUGAUUUAUCACUUGAAGAUAGAGAAAGCCUAGAAAUAGCUAUGGAAUGUCUAAUAUUGGCUUACGAUGUCGAAAAUACUGAUUACAUCCAGCGAAGACCAUUGCUGGAUAUGUUUAUGCAAGUUGCUAAUCCAGUUAGUAUUCAAAACAAGAUGGAAGCCGAAUCGCAUAAAAUGUCCGGCAAUGCAAAAAUGAUGCAGGAACAGUAUUCCGAAGCUGAAGAAGAAUACUCCAGGGCAAUACAAUUGGAUCAAUGGAAUGCUGUAUAUUACUGCAACAGAGCAAGUGCUCGUAUCAAGUUGGAACAUUUUUUCGAAGCCAUUUCUGAUUGCAGACAAGCCUUAUUACUCAAUCCGGACUAUGCGAAAGCUUAUGCCAGAAUGGGACAAGCUUAUGCUUUAAUGAACAGACAUAGACGAGCCGCUAGAUGUUAUCGACAAGCUCUGGAGUUAGAACCAGACAAUGAAAGAUACCAGAAUAAUUUGAGGGUAGCUGAAAGCCAAGCAGCUUCACAACCAAACAUGGACAUGGGAAAUCUAAUACACAGUAUGGUUUCUUCCCUUUUAUUGGGUGGUUCACCAAUGCCUGUAAGCUCUGGAAUGGCUGGACCUGGUCCAUCUUUCGUGAUAGUAGGUGAUCCACACACUGAAGAUCAAUGCUCAGCUAAUCAUUCUAAUAACGAUACAAGUGAAUCUUCAGCAACAAAUAAUCAAACUGUUGAAGAUAAUAAGCAGUCCACUGGCAAGCAAGAAGGUAACGAAACUUCUGAGAGAAGAGGGGAGGAUGAACCUUUACAUUUGAGAGUUCUGUUUGGAAUACCGGUUGUGUCAUAUGGAGAAGACUCGAGUGAGGAUUCGAGAUCAAUGGAGCCUCAGACGACGGGACAAAAGGGCAAUAUAACAGAAGAUCAAAAUCAAAAUGGUGCUCAGAACACAGACUAUAAUAAAGCUCAGAAUGAAGUUAAGACAAAAAAAGAUAUUGCUGAUGAGAGUCAACGAGAAGAAAGCUCAAAAUUCCCCGAAAGAAGAGAAGAGCCUGACAGCACGAAUGCCGAUGGUCAAAGUCCACAACAAGAAAGUUCAAAAGAUCAAGCAACAUCAAAAGAUAAAACUGAAAAGAACAUCAUGCCAAUUUUUGGUCAAGUCAUUCAGAAUACACUUUUUGGGAAAGCUGAUAAUUCUGCAACAAAUGGAACAAAUCAUUCAAUGAAGCAAGACCUGGGAAGACAACAGAAUAAUCCGAAUUUGACUAAGACAGAAGAAAGAGGGCAGUCAAGCACGUCUGAGAGGGGUUAUUUAUUUAAAACUCCUGAAGGAGAUACCAGACAAAGACAACAAUCUGCAGGAAUCAGCAUGGCAGAUAUUGCAAACUUUUUUCGAAAUAUAGCGAGUUCUGAUCGACAAAAUGCCAAUCAGCAUAAUGGUAGCCAACUCAAAGCAUCAUCUUCUAAAGAAAAUGAAAAAAGUAACGAUCAAAAUAAAGAUAAAUAUCAGCAGGGCCAUGUGUCAUCUACUCAAGAAAAUCAACCGGACAUAUUAACAUUACCUGAGAAUACGCCUUCAAACGAAAAAGAGGAGAAUACGAAAACAGAAAUUGACUCCUCAGGUUCUGAUGAUAAACAGGAAACUGAUGAAAUUUCAGAAGGAAGCAACAAAUCUAAAGCACAUGAGGAGGAUAAUAAAGACAAAUAA